UGUGAUAGCGACAGAUGUCUAGAAAACUGUGAGGAGGCACUCCUCAGUUUCUACACAGUCCCAGACUGCACCUCGGAGGCAGGGGCGGAAUCUGCAGCUGUCACUCCAAAGGUUUACCUCCAUUAUCACAUCCAGCCGGAGCCUGGAAAAAGAAGAAGUGAUCACUCUCGAGAAAUACAGGAGACAUCAUGGGAGGCAAACUGAGCAGGAAGAGGAAAGGAUAUGACGUAAGCGAUCCAAAAGAGACAAAGGAUGAGACCAAAGCAACUGCUGGUGGUGCGGAGGAGUCUGCUAAAGUAGAGGACGGAGCCCCGGCCACAGAAGCUAAGUUGACAACUGAGACAAGCAAUGUAGUGGAGGAAGCUGUGGGGUCAUCUGUGGGGUCAUCUGUGGCAGCAGUAACUGAAGCUGUGGAGGCUCCAGGAGAGCCCAAAUCUGCAGCUCCAGAGGAGACAGCGUCUGUAGCUCCAGUAGCAGAAGAACCAGCUCCUGCAGAAGAAAAGGCCGUUUUUGUAGCACAAGAACCAGUUAUUGCAGUAGAAGAACCAGCUCCUGCAGCAGAAGAACCCACUCUUGCAGAAGAGAAGGCAGCUCCAGUAGCGCAAGAGCCAGCUCCUGCAGUAGAAGAACCAACUCCUGUAGCAGAAGAACCAACUCCUGCAGUAAAAGAACCAACUCCUGUUGCAGAAGAACCAACUCCUGCAGUAGAAGAACCAACUCCUGUAGCAGAAGAACCAACUCCUGUAGCAAAAGAACCAACUCCUGUUGCAGAAGAACCAACUCCUGCAGUAGAAGAACCAACUCCUGUAGCAGAAGAACCAACUCCUGUAGCAGAAGAACCAACUCCUGCAGUAAAAGAACCAACUCCUGUUGCAGAAGAACCAACUCCUGCAGUAGAAGAACCAACUCCUGUAGCAGAAGAACCAACUCCUGUAGCAGAAGAACCAACUCCUGCAGUAAAAGAACCAACUCCUGUUGCAAAAGAACCAACUCCUGCAGUAGAAGAACCAACUCCUGUAGCAGAAGAACCAACUCCUGUAGCAGAAGAACCAACUCCUGUAGCAGAAGAACCAACUCCUGCAGUAGAAGAACCAACUCCUGUAGCAGAAGAACCAACUCCUGUUGCAAAAGAACCCACUCCUGCAGUGGUAGAACCCACUCCUGCAGUAGAAGAACCAACUCCUGCAGUAAAAGAACCAACUCCUGUUGCAAAAGAACCCACUCCUGCAGUGGUAGAACCAAUUCCUGUAGUAGAAGAGCCAACUCCUGCAGUAGAAGAACUAACUCCUGCAGUAAAAGAAGCAGCUCCUGUUGCAGAAGAACCCACUCCUGCAGUGGCAGAACCAAUUCCUGCAGUAGAAGAACCAGCUCAUGCAGUAGAAGAACCAGCUCCUUUAGCAGAAGAACCGGCUCCUACUGAAAUAAAGGCAGCUCCAGCAGCACAAGAACUAGCUGCAUCAGUAGAGGAACCAGCUCCAGCAGCAGUGGAGUUAGUCUCAGUAGUAGAGGAACAGGCCCCAGUGGAGCUCCAAGAGGCUACAGCAGCAGCAGCAGUGGAGGAACCUGUGCCCAUUGAGCUUGAGUCUGAAGCUGCACCUGAAGAGCUCCUUGUAAAAGAAUCUGCUUCAGCUGUAGAAAUGGUUUCGGAGCCAGAGGUUGUUCCCGUCAGCAAAGAGGAAGCACCCAAGGACCAAGAGCCAGAGCCAGAGCCCAUCCCAGAGACUGUUACUGAGCCAGAAGCCACUUUGAAGGACACAGUGCUCCCUGCUGCACUCCCUGAACCCGAGCCAGUGGCUGAGGCAGCUGCAGAGCCAGUGCUGGAGCAAGUAUCAGUGAAAGUGUCUGAGCCAGAACCAGAACCAGAGCAAGUACUCCAGCCAGAGCCUGAGCAGGUGGCUGGUGCAAUGGAAUCUGAAGCAGAUGAAGAAGUCAAAGACGUUACACCGGAACCGAUUGUAGCCACAUCUGAGAUUACCGAACUUGAGAAUGCGGAAGUGGAAUCAGCUGAGGUCUUGGAGACUGCAGCAGAGAAGGUCCACACUGAAUAUCAGUCCGUAGAAGAGAAAUCAGUUGCAACUGAAGCCCCCUGCACUGAGGCAGCAGCUGAGCCAGAAAGAGCAGAACCUGUCCCAGAGAUUGUCAUCUCAGAAUCUGUCUCUGCCACCGAAAUUACGGCUGAGUCCGAAGAGGUAGCUGAGGUCCCUGUGGAAGAGCUGCCUUGCGCUGAGGAAGAGAGCAAGAUGGAAAAUGGAGAUAUAGAGAGCCCUUCUGGUACAAAGGAUGUGGCAGAAGUAGAUGUACUUCCAGCUGUGAAUGGAGCGUGCACACAUUCUGCUGCCACACUGAUAAAGGAAUGUGUUAAUGGUAAUGAAAAGCCGGAGGAGAUGCCUAUCAAGGAGCAGAGGGACUGUGGAUUGAAAAAGGAGGUACACCUGAGCGGGAACAUCCAGGAAGUUCCCGACGCAGUCUCUGACAUGGCAGAGGGCCUCAGCACUGAGAUCACCCAGGCAGUCUGAAAAAGUGGCCAUCUUUGAAACCAAUGUGAAUUCAGUUUAAUCCUCCGAUGGUGUGAGAAAACCAUCAAGGUAUCACAAACACAGCUAGGCUUUCUGGAAUGCUGUAACCACUGCAAUGUCUUUAGUGGUAACUCAGGCAUAAGGAAGUUUUCUUUCGAGAAACCAAAAAUGAAAUGCAACCACUUCAGGAUGUGAACAGAGAGAGAUAAAUAGGAAGAGAGAUGGAAGUGCAGAGAGGAGACUUUUGGUUUGGAAUUGGAGGGUGAGUGCAGAGAGAGAGUGAAACUGGACAGCAGAGCAACACUUUUGAGUAGUAAAUAUGAUAUUAAUGAGUGGAAGGAAUAAAUCAGCCUUUGUGUGAGCGCCCGAUGAAUAUUACAGAGUGGUUUAUUGGAACAGUAUUCAUUAUUAGUAUACUAUCUGAUUUAGAAUGUCAUAUAUCCUUUCUAUUACUGUAUGCAGAGACAUGACAUAAAUGUUUGGCCUUUUAUAAUAAUGGUACCUGUGAGGACUGUGCAUUCCCAAUUGAUUGUUCGGAGUAGAGAAUAAAAAGAGAUUGUUAUAGCCUA